CCGCCCUGUGGCGCUCGCGAACGCGCCCGAGGCGGUUUGACCCGCGCGGGGUCCCGUCCCUCAGGCCGGGGGGCGGCAGCGGAGGAGCUGAGGGCAGCGGAGCAGCUGAGGGCAGCACAGCGGCGCCGGCCGGAGAGGGACGAAUGGCGGCCACAGCGGCGGCAGGAACGGCGGCGGCGGCCUACGCCAGCCUGAAGCUGCAUAUAACACCAGAGAAGUUCUAUGUGGAAGCUUGUGAUGAUGGAGCUGAUGAUGUGCUUGCUAUUGACAGAGUCUCCACAGAAGUCACCCUCACAGUUAAGAAAGAUGUGCCCCCUUCAGCUGUUACAAGGCCUAUCUAUGGCAUUUUGGGAACCAUUAGACUGGUGGCAGGCACAUACCUGAUUGUGAUAACAAGAAAGAAAAAAGUAGGUGAGAUUUUCAGUCAUGUGAUCUGGAAAGCAACAGAUUUUGACAUUCUCUCCUACAAAAAGACCAUGCUGCACUUAACUGAUAUUCAGUUGCAGGACAAUAAAGUGUUUUUGUCAAUGCUUAACCACGUCUUGAGCGUGGAUGGCUUUUACUUCUCCACAACGUACGACCUGACGCACACCCUGCAGCGCUUAGCCAACACCAGCCCCGAGUUCCAGGAGAUGAGCCUCCUGGAGAGGGCAGAUCCCCGGUUUGUGUGGAAUGGACACCUCCUCAGAGAAUUUGCUGCUCAGCCAGAGAUCCAUCGGUUUGCCACUCCAGUGAUGCAUGGAUUUAUCACCAUGCACUCCUGCUCCAUCAAUGGCAAGUGUUUCGACUGGCUGCUGGUCUCCAGGAGAAGCUGUUUCAGGGCUGGAGUUCGCUACUAUGUGAGAGGUAUUGAUUCAGAAGGACAUGCUGCCAAUUUUGUUGAAACAGAACAAAUUGUGCAUUACAAGGGGAGCAAGGCAUCGUUUGUCCAGACCCGUGGAUCAAUUCCUUUUUUCUGGUCUCAGAGACCAAACCUCAAGUAUAAACCAAAGCCACAGAUCAGCAAGUCAGUAAAUCAUAUGGAUGGCUUCCAGAGGCACUUUGACUCACAAAUAAUUAGCUAUGGGAAGCAAGUGGUUGUCAACUUGGUUAACCAAAAAGGUUCAGAGAAGCCUCUUGAGCAAACGUUUGCAAAAAUGGUGAACAGCAUGGCCAAUGGAAUGGUCAGGUAUGUAGCAUUUGACUUCCAUAAAGAGUGCAGUCGGAUGAGGUGGGAUCGACUUCAGAUUUUGCUGGAUCAGCUAGCAGAGCAGCAGGACGAGUUCAGUUACUUCCUAGUGGACUGUGAUGGUAAAAUCGUGACCCAGCAGGAGGGGAUAUUCCGCAGCAACUGCAUGGACUGCCUGGACCGCACCAAUGUCAUCCAGAGUCUGCUGGCGCGUCGCUCCCUGCAGGCACAGCUGCAGAGGUUAGGUGUUCUGCAUGUUGGGCAGAGAAUUGAAGAGCAGGCAGACUUUGAGAAAAUCUACAAAAAUGCCUGGGCUGAUAAUGCUAAUGCUUGUGCCAAACAAUAUGCUGGAACUGGUGCCUUAAAGACAGAUUACACAAGAACUGGGAAGAGAACUCAGUGGGGUUUAAUAAUGGAUGGCUGGAACUCUUUGAUACGCUACUACAAGAAUAACUUCUCUGAUGGGUUCAGACAAGAUGCAAUUGAUCUUUUCCUUGGAAAUUAUUCAGUGGAUGAAGUAGAACCUGCUAGUCCUCUACAUGUCAAGAAAGACUGGAAGUUCUUAGCUUUGCCUAUUAUUAUGGUGGUUGCUUUCUCCAUGUGCAUUAUUUGCUUGCUAAUGGCUGGUGAUACGUGGACUGAGACCCUGGCCUAUGUGCUCUUCUGGGGAAGUGCAAGCUUUGGAACUUUGGCCAUCAUCCUUUACAACGGCAAGGAUUUCGUAGAUGCACCCAAGCUGGUCCAGAAGGAGAAGAUGGACUGAAUUUGUGUGUGUGGAAAGCGGCUCGGUACCGAGGAGUCCUCAGCCCACGCCUGGAGCCUCUACUGACCUGCUUUCCACACCAGACAGUGGUCUUUUUAACAUCCUUCCUGGGCAGUGUGAGGGGUGGAGAGGAAAUUGUCCUUCCCUGGUAGCUUUCAGCUGAGACCUGACUUGACAGUCUGAGCUGCAAUGGUCUUUGGAAUAUUGCAUUAGUGGGAGAGGCUCUGCUCUUGAUGAGGUGAUGCAGCUUUCUGGUGUCUGGCAUGUGCUGGGGCAGAAGUGGACUGCUUAAGCUAAUGGGCCACCGUUUCAGCUGAGUCUUUGGUCUCUGGCUUGGCAGGAGAGAGCCCUCAUCAUGUUCCUGUGUCCAAAAAAACAAACAAAGAAACCAAGCAGAUGCUGAGGCAUUAAUAAUAGUACUUCUGAUCACAGUCUGAGUAAAUGUGGCUCCAUACCAGCGAAGCCUGACUGCCAGCCUUGCAGCUGGAGUGUUUGUGGUAAGUCCGCGUUAAGGAGUCCUUUGUGCAUAUGUGUCUGGAGCCUUUUUGCUAAUGGAAUCCUGAAGCUCUCCUAAGAUUGUCUUGGACUGAGGCAAUAUUCUAUUAAUCAUUGUUUGGGUGGAAGGGCAGUACAAUUGGAUCUUCUGAAGUUGCAGAUGUCUGGCACUGCUGCAGUAGUGCAGCCUCCAGAUGGUGAUUCAUUAGUUAGCAAACUCAAAGGCAACAUUUUCUUUCUAAGUGUGUAAAUGAGAUAGAAGAAUGUAAAAAUCCUUUGCAGCGUUCAUUGAACCUUCCUUAUGCUAAGAUCCAAAGUACUACAUGACUUUGAGAAUGGGUCACAACAUAAGGUGAACUUCAUGUUUUGCUAGUCAGCUGCUUCUGUUCUUGGUUAUGUUGAAGUAACUUUAAGAAGGAAGAACAACCUGAGGAGAAAGCGUUUAGUCUAAACUCCACGCUUGCACCUGGGAGCAGCAGCUUGCUUUUCAUGCAUGAUACUGUAACACUCUUGGAACAAAAAGCUACAGAAACAAUUGUGCUGGCUAAUAAUAAAUGUGUGUCCUUUCGAUUUAGUGCUUCCAAGCUGUAAUACAACUCAGUAAUCCUAAUGGAGGACCAACUGACACCCUUUUUGUCACUUACUUUCUGUGGUUUGUUGCAGCCAUGGGAGUGGCUUAAAGUGCUGUACUUUGUUUCCUAUUUCCUGUAAGUACAGCUGUAUAUUCAGGUUGCAGGGAUGAAAGCUAAACUGGGGGGUGGGGAAAGGGGCAAGCCUGUAGAAUACUAGGACUAGCACAGCUGUCACUCUCGAAGCUAGGACACGAAACGCUGGCACUCCAGCGUUCCCUUGUCUUAUGACUCUGCAUACUACAGAUCUUUGCAACUGUUCAUUUUAACCGUGAAUGUUUCUGGAGGCCUCUCUGGGGUUUGUAAACAUAACCUGUCCAUAAGCACCAGUGUUGGCAAGGCCUCUGUUUGCUUCUAGAUGCUGGAGCAGAAAUCCCAGUUGGUGGUUAAAUGGAACUUCACAGCUUUCUAAAGUGACCUCCAUUAUGGGCACAAAUCAGAAGAACAUCACAGACUGGGUAUCUGAAAGCAAAGGCUUUGGUGCCUGCUGGAGGCAGCGUUCUGCAGGCUAGAGCUAAGUCUUUGCUUCUCUGAAGAGCUUGUAACAAAGAGCAGGUCUGACUCGCUAAUGUAAGGGCAUUGUAAGACAUAAGUAAGCUGUAGAGUCAGAAGGCACCUGUAUUGCAGUGCUUUGAGAAGUGUUUCCAAACUCGCCAACGGUGUACUCAAAUGACAAUAAAAUGUCCAACUUUUCUA